UACAAUAUUUUUUUUUAUUAUUAGUAUUAUAUUACAUUAACAUUUAUUAUAUGUUUAAAUAAAUAAAUAUUAUUUAAUAAUAUAUAAGUGAAUAAUUAAAAAUAGUGGUAAAUUUUACAAUUAAUUUAUUCUAAAUUAUGAAAAUUAAAAUGAGACAAGAUUUAUUUAAUUUUUUAUAUCUUGUUAUAUUUUGGAAUUUUUAUACUGUACUUGCACAAGAAAAUUUGAUUGUCAAUUUAAAUGGCCUCGGUAGUAUAAAAGGUUCUUUAAUGACAACACGAUUGGGUAAAAAAAUUUACUCUUUCCGAGGUGUAAGAUAUGCUGAGCCUCCAAUUGGAAAACUUCGUUUUCAACCACCUGUACCUGUGAAACCAUGGGAUCAAGUGUUUGAUGCCUCUAAAGAGGGUCCUGCAUGUCCACAACUUAAUUACACAAUAAUGUCCGAAGAUUGUCUUCGACUUAAUGUCUACACAACUAAGUUACCAAGUGCAAAUGAAAAAGUGAAUAGGCCAGUUAUAAUUUUUAUUCAUCCAGGAGGAUUUUACUCCUAUUCCGGUCAAAGUGACCAAUUUGGACCUGAAUAUCUGUUAGAUCGAGAUGUUGUCCUAGUUACCAUUAAUUAUCGACUCGGCUCUUUAGGAUUUUUGAGUGCUGCUCAUCCGAGACUGUUAGGUAAUAUGGGCCUUAAGGAUCAAGUGAUAGCUCUUCGUUGGGUAAAAAAGAACAUUCAAGUAUUUGGUGGUGAUUCAAAUUCUGUUACAAUUACUGGUUAUAGCGCAGGAUCAGGGAGCGUUACAAUGCAUUUAGUAUCGCCAAUGUCAAGAGGAUUGUUUCAUAGAGCAAUUGCAAUGAGUGGUUCCGUCACUGGUCAAAGAUUAUUGGGCACAAAUCAAAAAGAUAUGGCCAUCAAACAAGCUAAAUAUUUCAAUUGUUCCACUAAUUCUGUUGACGAAAUUGUCGAUUGUUUGCAAACUAUACCAGCACAAGACAUUGCUAAUUCAAUGCAUAUAUUUUAUGAAUGGUACCAUGAUCCUGUUGUUAAAUGGAUCCCGAUCGUAGAACCGGAAGUGGAUGGUGUUGAAAGAUUUCUAAUUGAGGAACCAAUAAAUUCAAUAAGAGAAGGAAGAGUUGCACCAGUUCCUGUUAUUGGUGGUGUUAAUAAAGAUGAAUUUUCUGCUGUUAUUGUUUAUCCAAUAGAAUUGUGUCGGAAAGGAAAUUGCUUUUUUCUCGAUCAGUGGAAUUCAAAUUGGAAUCACAUUGCACCCAUAAGUUUCCAAUAUGAGAGGAAUACUUCAAGAACUGAAUGCAUUAGUAAAGAAUUAAAAAAAUUUUAUAUAAAUAAUCAUGUUACUUUGGAAAAUAUUGAAGGCAUAGGGCAACUUUAUUCUGAUGCCAUUAUCAUAUUUUCUGAGCAUCGGUUCAUUAAUUUAUUAUCAGCUGUAUCAAAAUAUCCGGUAUAUUAUUAUCAUUUCACCUAUCAAGGAAGAUAUAGUCACAUUGUUUGGACCGAUACUAAAAAACCCUUUGGUGUUUCACAUCACGAUGAAUUGAUGUAUGUGUUUUAUAUGUCAAGAUUUCCUAAAUUUGUCAAAGGUGACCCUGAAAUAUCAAUGGUAGAAAAGAUGACUGCAAUUUUUGAAAAUUUUGCUAAAACUGGCAAACCAAUUCCCAAUCAUAAUUCAUUAUUUGAGAAUGUUAAAUGGAAGAAAUUCACAACAUUGAGAAAACGUUAUUUAGAAAUUAAUAAUUGCUCUAUGAUUAUGAAAAAUGGUGUGAUAUAUCCUAAAAGAAUGAAAUUGUGGGACAGUCUUUUUCCUUUGCUCACCAACAAAUAAAGAUUCUUACAACUGCAAGCAUAUGAAAAUAAAUACUGAUCAUUUUUAUUUGUAGAAUUUAAUUAUCUAGAAGUUAAGAAAAUUUAAUAUUUUGUAUUCUAACACCUCUGUAUAAUUUAUUUAAUUAUGUAUCAGGUUGUUUUUACCGUGUAGAUAAAUUUAAUCUUCCGAGAGGUUAAAGGCAGUUCUGCGUUUGCGCAGAAUGUUUGUAUACAGCUUCUGCGCAGGCGCAGAAUAUAUAUCUACUGCCCCUUUAACUUCUCGGAAGAUUAAAUUUAUCCACACGGUGAAAACGGACUCUAUUAUUGUUAAAUAUUUUAUUAAAAUUUUUUCAAUUCUAAA